GUCUCUCUCAACUUUUCUUUCUACACUCUCUCUCCGUCUUCUCUUUUCUCCAUGGCCAACAACCCCUUCCUGAGUUUGACUUCACAUCGCGAAACUCACAUUGCUAGAAUGGGCAGAAUUAGGGUUUCCCAGACUCUUCCUUCAGCCCCUGAUCAACCCACACCCUCUGAUCUUCCAACUGCGAUGCUCAUUGAUGGAGAAGAAUUACAUAUUGGCGGAAUUGCAACGGUUGUAAACAAUGAAGCUUCGCCGGCUUCGUCGACGAAUGCAGAUACUGAAACUGAAAAGAAAAGCUGUAAAAAGAGGGAUUUGAGUGAAUACAAUUUGGAUGGCUUGAGUUGCCCUAUUUGUAUGGAGCCAUGGAAAUCCCAAGGCGAUCAUCAAGUUUGUUGUCUUCCUUGUGGGCACAUUUAUGGUAUGUCUUGCAUCAAUAGAUGGAUUCAACACCGUGGUGGAUAUUCUGCCAAGUGCCCUCAAUGCAACGAAAAGAUCACCUUGAAGGAUGUUCGAAAGCUUUAUGCAUCACCAGUAAUUGUGGUUGAUGAAAAUUCAGAAAAGAAAGUUGAAUCACUUGGUGCUGAAAAUAAAUCACUUGAGGCUGAAAAUAGGUGUCUCAAGACUGAGAGAGCUAAUCUACUUGAUAUUCAAGAUAGUUUGCUCAAAGAAUUGCGUCAUCUCAAGGAGAAUCCAACUUGUAUGCAGAAUGUAGCUUUAGAAUAUAUAAGGAGAAAAUCUCAUGUUUCUGAUACUGCUGAGGGUGUUCAGGAAGGAAAAUCUGGGCUUAAUUUUGGCACCAGAAUUGAUAGAUGGGGCUCCUUUCGCUGCAGUUUUGUGUUAGAGCAUGAGAUGGCAGUAGAGAGUGCGAGGAUUUUUGAUAUGGAUUGUUAUUAUCAAACUCUGAUUUUUGCUAGAAGGAUUUCUGGGAUGGGUGGGACACAUAUGCUCAAGAAGAUUAACUUGACUGACCCAAAUCAAAAUGAAGACAUAAAACUUCCUUCAAAUACAAAAGCUGUUAAAGAUCUACAUGUCUCCCCUUGUGGGAGACUUGUACUUUUAGCUUCGAUGGGUAAAAAAUUAUCAAUUAUUAGCAUGGGCUGCAACAAAGUUGUCAUCAGUUAUAGUUUACCGGGCCCAGCUUGGUCAUGCUCAUGGGAUCCCAACAGUUCACAUUACAUGUAUGCUGGCUUACAGAACGGCAUGCUUUUGGUGUUUGAUAUGCGUCAGACAGUACAUCCUGUUCAAUCCAUCAAUGGACUAAGCUCGCGACCCAUUCAUACUAUACACUCUUUUGAACAUAAACCCACUCUUUGUCACGGUGCUAGUCUCCUUACUGCUUCUGCAAUUGGCCCAUGUGUGUGGAACACUAGUGGUGCCAAAGAAAG